AUGUCGGUGAGUCUCCCCCACCCCUAUGAAUACAUAGGAAGCAUAGGGCAAGGGGCGUUUGGUCGGGUAGUGAAGGCGCGGAAUACCGACACCACUACGGAGGUGGCGUGUAAGAUAGUCAGCUAUGAGGGAGUGAAGGACCCCGAGUCUAUGUUCAAAGAAUCCCGCAUACUUAAGCACAUGCACCACCCGCACAUUGUUCAGUGCUAUGACGUCAUUGAUGAUAAGGAGAACUGUACGCUGUAUGUCUUCAUGGAGCUUUGUGAGUCAGAUCUUCAGCGCUUGAUCGACGAUAGCAAGUCAAAGAAAAGAAUGGUCCCAGAGGCAGCUAUAUGGGGCUUUCUUGCGCAGGCCAUCCAAGCGCUCACCUAUUUACACAGCCCCUUCAACAAAAAGUAUCAAGACGAGGAGGGGGUAACACACAAUAUCGGAAAGGUUUAUCACCGGGACAUUAAGCCGGCGAAUCUUCUUUUAGAUAAAGAGGGGAACAUAAAGCUAGCAGAUUUUAAUGUUUCUACCGCCAUUAAAGGCGACAAGCUGAACUCAACCAAGUGCGGAACGCCUCUAUACGCCCCGCCUGAGAUUCAUGAGGGUGUACGGGAGUACCAUGGUGGUGCAGUAGAUAUCUGGUCUCUUGGGUGCACAAUCUAUCACGUGUGUGCCCUCCGACCUCCCUUUGUAGCUGUUGGGAUGGGCCCGCUCAUUCGUAUGAUCCGGAGUGGUGUAUACCCGGAAAUGCCCCAAUUCUAUAGCAAGGAACUACACGAAGUGAUAGAGAAUAUGAUACGGCCGAAGCCCGCGUGUCGAAUUAGCACAGCUGAUCUGCUUCAGCAUAACAGGAUUGUCGAGGCACUUGAUGCCAUGUCUAGAAAGGUUGCAAUAACUUCAGAGCACCCCUGCCAGACCGUAUCAUUGAGUGCUACACUGGCGCUUCCUAGCUCCACCAUUCCUCCCAGCGGAGCAGAUAUCGCAGGCAGCAAUAGCGCUCCUGUUGUACCCAAAAGAUCAUCAACCUCUUCUACUGUAUCUAGUGGUAAAGACAUCCGAGAUGUAGCCAAGCAUCACAGCUCGGACUUGUGUGUAGCCAGUGGAGAACUCCAUAGAGAGGAGAGUCAUGGUAUUGCAUCUAUCUCCCCGGCUGCCACUUGUUCGAUUAACAGCAUAGAAGCAACGGGCAUAUCAGUACCCUCCGCUAAUUCUGGUCACUUCGACCAUUCUAACUCUGGUACUAACACCGGAACAAUGAGCAUUUCGGGAUCCAGUGAUCCUCCAGCACAGGCCUAUAAAUCUCAAGAGCACACUGCAAAUGAAGAUUCGUCUGGUCAUGCCUCUCAAGCACGGAAUCGAUUUGACCCCCUUAGUAGUAAAAUAAAUGAGGUUCCUCGAGUUAAGCCCAUGCCCACGUCUGUUCUUCCGAAGACAGCAAAGCCGAGGAUAUUUUCAAACUCUACACGCAAUCCUACUCCUUCGCGAUCCAAGCAUCCAAUAAGGCACUCGACACAUAUAGAGGAUAAGCCGAGUGCCCCGACACCACCUGUGAUGGUAGAAAACUAUGAGAAGCAGCCAAUAAAUAACCUACUAGAAGAUCAGAGAGAACGGGUCCUUGCACAAAGCAAGAGCGUCCACCGGCUACUUGUCUCAGCUGGGAAUAAAAACUCAGCAAUAAACAUGCGAACAGGUCAGGCUACAAGUGUUACAGAUCAGCCUUCGGCACCACAAGCUGAUUCAGCACCUGCAAAUGUUUCAGCAGAAAGUGAGAUAAACCAGAUGGUUACCAAGGCUUUGCAAAACAGGCGUAUAACAAGCCUUUAUGAAGUGGCCGGGAUCAUCACCAAUUCCGUCGGGACACCAGAGCGUGUCUAUAGUGCAGUUACAGGACGCUCUUUCACACCAACUCAGCGAACUCCAUCUGUUGUACAGUUACCUGGUGUGUUUCCACUAAGAUCUAACACGGCAUCCGUUGUACACAUGAACGAAGAGUUGGCAUCCGUUGUACACCCUGAGAACUUGGUUGAUCCGGAAGGAAAUACGCGUCUCAUCCGGGCCUGCAAGCGCAGCUCCUAUACUGAUGCUAUUUCAAAUCUUGUUCAAGCAGGGGCACAGAACAAGAAGGGUGAAACUGCUCUGUUGUGGGCUGCAUUCUUUAAUAACAGCGACCUGUGUCGGCUCUUGGUAGACAAAGAAGCGAAGCUGACGACAAAGGACGGUACCACAGCGCUUAUGAAGGCUGCUGGUCACGGAAGCACUUCGACAGUUGAGCUAUUGCUUAAUUACGAAGGAAGAAUGCACAACAGUGAUGGGCUCACAGCCCUUAUGUUUGCUACGAUGAACCACCACACUAAGUGCGUGGAACUUCUUGCCCCCGUUGAAGCAACGCUUUCACGGCACGAUGGGUCUACGUCCCUGAUCAUGGCAGCAACACGAGGGUAUGACGACAUAGUCAAAAUACUGUCUGCCCACGAAAGCAAGAUGCAAAACAAAGACGGGAAAACAGCUCUUAUGGAGGCGUCACUACAAGGGAAGCUUGCGUGUGCCAAGAUCUUGUGUCAGUAUGAAUCUAGAAUGAUAAAUAAGGACGGGAAGACUGCUCUGAUCUUUGCUGCAAGUAAGGGAAAUCCCGCGCUUGUCCAGCUACUAGCUCCACAUGAGGCGUCAAUGUCAGAUGCACGCAGCUACACGGGACUUAUGUAUGCAGCCAUGAACGGACACCCAGAAGUGUGUAAGAUCCUCCUAGGUGCUGAGCACGGGUCUUGUGACAAGGACGGAAGAACAGCUUUGAUGAUUGCUGCCACAUACAAUCGUGCAGAAUGCUGUGAAGUUCUUGCGCCAGUUGAGGGUAAUAGAAAAGGCUCGUUCUUCAGCUCUGCCCUCAAGAUAGCUGCCCGGAAAGGCCAUGUAGAGUCCCUACGUAAGAUAUUGCCAUACGAGGGAGAGACGUACGGUCUCGAAGCCCUAGAUGUUGCUUUGCGAGAAGGCCACAAGGACAUCGUUGAUGAGCUGCAGAUUUUUCUCAACCAAAGAACGGCCAAGCGCGACGUAGCAAACCGUAUAGCUUCUAUUUAUAAGCACGGUAUUUAG